GGAAUGUGGGUUGGGCGAAGUCUAGGAUUACACCAGGGCUGAAUUUUUUCCCUUUCCACGCUUUAAAUCGCCAGCACCUUUGGGUCCUGCCUUCGCCUCUCCCGCCAGCUCGCGCCCCGCCGGCCCCGUCCGCCAGGUGGGAUGGAUUACAGAGUCCCUGGCGCCGUUAGCAAUGGCGAAACGGUGCCCGCGCGGCCUGGUGUGGAAAAGGAGAAGGAAGAGGAGAAGGACCAGACCCUGGAGCGAGGGCAGUGGAACAACAAGCUGGAGUACGUCCUGUCGGUGGCUGGGGAGAUCAUCGGCCUGGGAAACGUCUGGCGCUUCCCCUACCUCUGCUACAAGAACGGCGGAGGUGCCUUCUUCAUCCCCUACCUCAUCUUCCUCUUCACCUGCGGGAUCCCCGUCUUCUUCCUGGAGACGGCGCUGGGGCAGUACACCAGCCAGGGAGGGGUGACGGCCUGGCGCAGGAUUUGUCCCCUCUUUGAAGGAAUUGGCUACGCCUCGCAGGUCAUCGUAGUGCUUCUGAACUUCUACUAUAUCGUCGUGCUGGCCUGGGCCCUGUUCUAUCUCUUCAGCUCCUUCACCAUCGACCUCCCCUGGGGCAGCUGCAACCACGAGUGGAACACAGGGAACUGCAUGGAGCUCCAGAGGGCAAACUCGACCCUCAACGUGACCCGCGAAAACGCCACCUCGCCGGUCAUCGAGUUCUGGGAGAGGAGAGUGCUGAAGAUUUCCGAUGGCAUCCAGCAUGUGGGCAGCCUGCGCUGGGAGCUGGCUCUGUGUCUGCUGCUGGCGUGGAUCAUCUGCUACUUCUGCAUCUGGAAAGGGGUCAAGUCCACAGGCAAGGUGGUGUAUUUCACGGCCACGUUCCCGUACCUCAUGCUGGUGGUUCUGCUGAUCCGGGGAGUCACCCUGCCCGGGGCAUCCCAGGGAAUCCUCUUUUACCUUUAUCCAGACCUCAGUCGCCUCGGGGACCCCCAGGUCUGGAUGGAUGCAGGCACUCAAAUCUUCUUUUCGUAUGCAAUUUGUCUGGGAUGCCUGACAGCUCUGGGCAGCUAUAACAAAUACCAUAACAACUGCUACAGGGACUGCGUGGCCCUCUGCUUCCUCAACAGCGGCACCAGCUUCGUGGCCGGCUUUGCCAUCUUCUCCAUCCUGGGCUUCAUGGCAGGCGAGCAGGGGGUGCCCAUCGCCGAGGUGGCCGAGUCGGGGCCUGGCCUGGCAUUCAUCGCCUAUCCUCGGGCUGUGGUCAUGCUGCCCUUCUCCCCGCUCUGGGCCUGCUUCUUCUUCCUGAUGGUGGUGUUGCUGGGACUGGACAGCCAGUUUGUCUGCGUGGAGAGCCUCGUCACAGCCCUUGUGGACAUGUACCCCACCAUCUUCCGCAAGAAGAACCGCCGGGAGACCCUCAUCCUGCUGGUCUCCGUCCUCUCCUACCUGGUCGGGCUGGUGAUGCUCACCGAGGGUGGGAUGUAUGUCUUCCAGCUCUUUGAUUACUAUGCUGCCAGUGGCAUGUGCCUGCUCUUUGUGGCCAUCUUCGAGACUCUCUGCAUCGCCUGGGUCUAUGGUGCUGAGCGUUUCUACGAUAACAUUGAGGACAUGAUCGGCUACCGGCCGUGGCCCAUCAUCAAAUACUGCUGGCUUUUCAUCACUCCAGCAGUUUGCAUGGCGACCUUCUUGUUUUCUCUGAUCAAAUACACCCCACUGACCUACAACAAGAAGUACGUGUACCCGUGGUGGGGGGACACCCUGGGCUGGCUGCUGGCCCUCUCCUCCAUGGUGUGCAUCCCUCUCUGGAUCGUCUACAAGCUCUCCACCAUCAAAGGUUCCCUCAGAGAGAGGCUCCGCCAGCUCACCUGCCCACUUGAGGACUUGUCUUCCAGGCCGAGCACGGGACUGCCCCUUCCCUCCACCAGAUCAAGCCUCCUGAUGCUGACAGAGCUGGAAUCUCACUGCUAGGACCUGUGAGGCUCUCCCUCCCUCCCCCCAGGACGGUUUCUGUGCAGCCUUUACUACCUGUUGGAAAACACAAGGAUUCUUCACCCACCGAGGAGAGAGGGAUUUCUGGGUUCUGCUCCCUUCCCUGGAAGAUUUGAAGGGCUGAGGGAGAGGCUGCCAUGGAGAUGGUUUGUGUGGAGUUCGCAAUGCACCUUAAUCCUCUCCCUUAGAGAGGGCUCUGAAGGGGCAGAUCAAGCACCGGUGGUGUUCCUGAGCAUCCCCAGCCUGCUGGUGGGCAGAAAGGAAGGACUGAUCAUGGAGUGGAGAGUGCCAGAGAGUCUCAAAGCUGUGGCUCUGGUCUGGACUUUGGGAGCUUCUCCGUUAAUUCCAUUAAAUCCUUGUAUUUCCCCUCUA